GAACGGCGACGGCGACGACAGCAGCGUCGUGCAGUCGACGACAAAGGUCGUCAAUUGGCCUCGGAGCGACCUUAGGUAAAUGGACGGCCUGAGAUAGAGAGUUCGUUGUUCAGUUUCAGCGCAAUCAAUUGAGCACCAACCAGCCAGAUGAAGGUGGAGUACCGAGCAUAUGCUGAAGAGGUUGACCGUGUUAGAGUCUGAGGAGGACGGCCAGGCCGUUGGCCAUAGGCGCCAGCAACCUCGAGCACCGAUGCUGAGCGCUGAGGGGAGCCUUGGGGAGUCGUUCCAAAAUGGAUCGAACGGGUAUACGGCGCUCUUUGGCCGCUUGCCUUCCCAAGGUAGCUUCUCCGGUGAUGGUGCUAGAGGAAUCGAACAACAUUCUCGUUAUUCAUGAACGGUUCUGGUUUAAGUAGUCACCCAGUGCUCCAAGAUAUCCACCCAAGCGUCAGCCAUCAAGCGCUUCCAGCGGCACAGGCAGACGAGCAGUGACGGGAACCAGGCGGUGUUCAAACGAGGAAGGAGCGAUCGACUUGCAUACGCUGAUGGGCCUCGAGCGUCCUCCACUGCAGAUCAUCCAUGAACGCACAGAUUGAACAGUAAGUCUUAACUAGGAGCGAGCCCCACGUUGUCGAAUUCGCCUGGGCAGUGUGGCUACA